AUGAGCUUUCAGUGGCCUUGGCAUUUUGACUUUCCUCCUUUUUUCACGUGAGUUGUGUGUUUUUGUGGUGGGUGAACGCUUUUGUGAACGGUACUGAUUUGUUUUUUAGUAUUCAACCUAAUUUGGAGACACGAGAACGACAACUUCAAGCGUGGGGACAGCUGGUGAUUGACUAUUGCCAAUACAACAAGAUCUUUAUCGUGGAUAUUGUUGAGUAUCGGAAAAGUGAGCUGUUCUGCAACUUCAAGAUAAACAGUAAGUGAAAAUAAAGUUAUUUAUUGUUUUUUAGGAAACCUUGACGAAGACGGAAUCCAGGCAGUGUUUGACUACUUGGAGAAACAAAGUAAGUUGUUUUAAACCUUGCGGAAGAUUUAUUAUUGAAAUGAGCUUUGUUAUCGUAAUUUUUUAGAACACGUUGAGUGGAUAGAUAACACUCGUAAGCGUUGUCACAUCUUCUGGCGUAGAGUUGACGAGUGGGCUCAGUUACUUCACGAUUGGGCGGUUGGCAGUGGUCUAGUUGGUACUGUACUGACCUUUUCCGACAUUACUGAAGACGAGGGUAACAGAAACGAAUGUAUGUUUAUUGUUUUUGAAAUUUUCCUUUGGUUUUAACUUUUUUACUAAUAUUUUUUAGCUUUUUACAACCUUGACCAGGACGUGUUGUUGAAGUCUUUGGCUGCUUUGGAACAAAAAGGAAAAGCUCAAUUGAUCGACAUUGGUGGUGUAAAAGGAGGUGUUCAGUUCAACUAAAAUGGGUGUCGAAGUUACCAGUAAUAGUUUACGUAAGUUUUGAUAUAAAAGUUAAAAUGUUAUUGUUUUAUGUUAUUAUUGUCUGAAUUGAUGUUAUUGAUAUUUAAUAUUUCAGCUCAAAGUUUUGUGAAUAACAAUGACUUUAUUAAAGAAGGAGAUGAAGUGUUAAUUUAUUGUGAUUCUGAUAACAUUGUGGCUGUGACCGUGAAGAGAGGGAUUACUGUAAACAUGAAGGCUGGGGCUUUGCGGCACGAGUUUUUGAUUGGGAAAAGGUAAGUUAAUCACAAAACCACAUUUUUGUUAAAGUUGAGGAUCUUAGUUACGUUUUUUGAGGUACGGAACAAAGUUGUCUGCCACUGCUGGUCAAAUCUAUGCCCUUCGGCCAUUCCCAGCUGUCUGGACGAAAGUAUUGAAGAGGCAUACCCAGAUAUUGUACAGCCAAGAAGUGUCCAUGAUCGUCAACCUGUUGGACAUCGUUCCCGGUGACAUUGUUUGUGAAUCUGGAACGGGGUCUGGUAGUUUGACUCAUGCCCUUGCCAUAGCCGUUGGACCAUCAGGAAAAGUUUACACUCAUGAUAUUGAACAACCACAAGUCGACAAGAUUCAGAAAGAAGCCAAAAAACAUGGAUUGGGAGAUCGUGUCAUCGCGGCGUUAAGGGAUGUUACGGUUGAUGGUUUUCAAGUUGAAGGUGGUUGCUCAGCGGUGUUCCUCGACCUUCCAGCUCCUUAUUUGGCAGUUAAAAAUGCGAUGAAAGCAAUGGAUCGAUCACGGAUUUGUCGUCUUGUCAGCUUCUCGCCUUGUAUUGAGCAAUCGCAAGAACUGUGUAAUGCUCUGACUGACAACAACUUCAUCAACAUCAAGACGAUCGAAUUACUCGGAACCACUUAUAAAGUAAGAAAUUCAUUGUUUUUAAUGUUAUUCUUUGUUUAGGCAGAAACCCCGAUUGUCUACGAUAUUCUGGACAUGGAGAGAAGCAAAUCGUCGAGAAAGACCAUCAGAAGGAACGCCAACAAUGAGAUUGUUACUGUAGAAGACAAUACCACCCCCAACAAUGACAAGAGAAUCUCCGCUCUUACAGCCUCCCCUGACAAACAGCCUACUCACGCUGGAUUCCUCACCUCAGCCACCUUGUUAAGUAUUUAG